GUGUGUGUUUAUCUCAGGUUUCUCUGUGUUACAGUGCGUUAUCUGAUCCACAGCUCAUUUCCACAGUGAGAAGCUGAUCCUGCACAGCUCCGCUUCAGGCAAACCAAAGGAAAUGCAUUGCUUUCUGACGACUCAGAGCCAGAACCGCUACCGGGAGCAGAUUCAGAAGGAAACGUUGACGCGCUUGGCCUGGAAGAGCCGCUACGCCAAACUCUACCCAUCCUGCUACAAUCCCGGAAAGAACAGCAUGGAGCCCACACAGAUGCCCCAACUGCCUGCUGACCCCCGGUGUGCUGCUUCUCUCACAUUAAAACCUGCUGUCGGAGGUGUUCAUGUAAAGCUAAGACUCAAAAGCAAGACUGAGAGACUGAGACGAUCUAACAAAACAGAAGGGUGGGAAAGGCUGGGGUACCUACAGGACAGGUGGGAGCGGCUGGAUCUGGAACGACAUGAAUUAGAGGGAAGAGGGAACCCUGACAACAAGGCUGUCCUGCCUCCUGUUACCAGGACACCCAAGAGGCAGAGCGAACUUCCUCCUCCUCCUCCUCCUCCUCCUCCUGUGGAAGCGGAGGGCCGGAUCAGUGUGGCCCCCACCAUGAGGCCAGUUUCUCCCCAGACCAGACAGGCUCUCUAUCAGGACUCCUCUCACCAUGGGAAAGGGCGGAGUCUGUACCUGCAGAGACGUGGCCUGAUCAGACCUGAGGAGAAGUUUGAUUUUCCUCUGCUCUCGUCCUGGGAGUACGGUUGGAGGCAGGGUGACUACACUCUGGACUACAGAACUCCGUCCCGUGCCAGGUCGUCGGUGGUGAAGAACACCUUCUACGCCAGGAACGGCGUGUUCAGCAGCCCGUCAGCCACCAACACACUGGGCUGAAGUUCAGCCAUCGGACACCAGAGCUUGCUCUUCAAUGAGAGUUCACAGCAGCUAACAAGGCUUUCGUGUUAGAAAGGACAUUCCUG